AUGGAUAUGAUGCUAGGCCCCGAGCCUGAAACCAACACGGCCGACUUUGACGAAAAGCCCAUCAAGAUGGAGGACCCCAUCGACGAGAAACCCCCCGAUCCCAAAGACGAAGCCGCCGAGCAAAAGAAAAAAGAAAUCCUAAACGCAUGCAAGACAAGGGACUUUGCCGCCCUCAGAACCCUUGCCGCCUCACCAGGAGGAUUUCUAACAGACACCAUCCGCCAACAAGCGUGGCCAUUACUGCUGGGCAUCCCACCACCAUCAGACACCAAACCAGAAGAAGAAGAAGAAGAAGAAGAAGAAGACUGGAAAUCCCUUCCCCCUCACAAAGACGAAUCCCAGGUCCAGCUCGACGUCAAUAGAGCCUUUGUCUACUACCCCAACGACCAAAACGACACCCAGCUCUCCCACAGCAAAACCCUCCUCUCCACCCUCAUCAUCCGCACCCUCCGCCACCACCCGUACCUAUCCUACUUUCAAGGCUACCACGACAUAUGCCAAGUCUUGCUGUUGACCCUCCCCCCGGCCCUCCAACCAGCCGCCCUGGCCCACUUGUCACUUUUGCGCAUCAGGGAUUUUAUGCUACCGAACCUCCAUCCUGCCAUAGCACAACUGCGACUCCUCCCGGAUAUCCUGAGAUCGUCCGACCCGGAACUAUGGCAACAUCUGUCAUCGACAGAACCUUUUUUUGCGCUGUCGGGGACGUUGACGAUGUACGCGCAUGACAUUACUAGUCUGGGGGAGAUCACCAGGCUGUUUGAUGUGUUGCUGGCGAGGGAUCCGGUUUUCUCAUUGUAUUUGUUUGCGGCUAUUGUUCGCUCCCGCAGAGGGGAACUGCUUGAUAUACCGGAGGAUGAACCGGAGAUGUUGCAUUCGGUGCUAUCGAAGCUGCCGCAGCCGUUGGAUUUGGAGGGGUUGAUAUCUCAGGCGGUGGAGCUGGAACGAGAAUACCCGCCGGAGGGGUUGAGGGGUUGGGGG